AUGCCAAUUCUCUUCGCAGCAUCCCACCGUUCCUUGGGACCUCCUGAGCUACAGAGGCCGUAUAGACUGACGCCAUUGUCCCUCACCUCCAGCAUGGUGAUCAAACCCGAGUGUCCUCCCGCGCCGGCACGCAACUCGGGCCGUCACAAACCAUCGGAAGCCCCGCCCAGGUGCACCACCGAGAAGCGCCACGACACCCAGUUGUAUGAUACAUUAACCGAAUUACGGGAUAGUAUUCCUCCUAUGAGAGUUGAAACGGAAAAGGAAGGAGAGGAGAGUGCAACGAAGGACCCGCAAGAAGGAACGCCUAAAACGAUGGUGGAUGAGGUGGCUAUUAUAUGUAUGGCGAGAGAGUAUAUUGCACUCCUCGAGGAGAGAAACAGAUCUCUCGUAGAAGACCACACAGUACUGCAGUCGACAAUUGCUGCGCUUGAGAUGUUAUUUUCACGUUACUGA